AUCCUUCCCCUUUCCACUUUCGUUGUAUCCAGAGAAAAUCGCCAUCGCCAUUAGUCAUCUCCGUUCGCGGAGGAGGACAUCCACAACAACUACUGCAAGGAUUGUCGUCUUCACCCUCCGACAAAAUCAAGCCGCCGUCGACAACCCAUUCUCGCCUCUCAAUUCGACGUCGUCUUUGUCCUCCAACGUUUGCCCAUGCCUUACAUGUUCCGGAUUGAACUACCUACCCACACACGUAGAUCUAGCUUCCAUCUUUCGAUCAUAAACUAUGAUUAUCAUGUGGCAGAGACUGGUUUCGAGCGAGAUCGAGAUGGAGGAAGCGGAAACUCGAGUAUUUCAACGGGUCAAGUUCUUCAAACUCUUUAUUUUCGUCACUCUGUUUUUUUGUACUUUGGAUUUCAGAACUAGAUUAGGGGGAGAAUCAUAUCAUAGCUUGGGAGUUGGAAUAACUAGAUCGAUGAUGUUCUUGGUGCUUGCGAUUUCAAAGAUUAGGGAGUCCGGGGCAAGAAUGACAGGUGGAGCAGAUCUUGUAUUUGGAGGUGCUCCUCCUCAUCCUCCUCUCCGCAGCCGGAGUGAGAAUCACAUCCGGAGGACCCAGAAAGAUGAAGAGGAAAGGAAUGGCGCUCUUGCUCCAAUAUGCUUCUCUUCCAGCUUGCGAAGACAAUUCCAGUGGCGAUCGAUGGGUGCUCAGGAAUGGAUUGGUCUCAGAGCGACGAAGGUGCAAGCGAAGGCAAGCUCGAUCCCGACCAUAGGGAACCUCACGAAGUUCAGCCCUCCGGAUUUGGGGGGUUUCAGAAAUCGGCCAAUCAUCUUCCUCAUCUCUCUUCUACCUCCACUUGUCUCUCGCUGGCGACUGAAUCUUCCCAAAAUCUCAUCGAGUCACAAGGUGGCCACUUCCAUUCGAAUUGAAGCACUUCAAUUCGGCUACUGAUGUUUAUUCGAUCAAGAAGGCGAGUUCCCUUCAUCGUCGAUGCAGCCCAUUAUUUGGCGAUCUUCCUCUCUUCUUUCCAGAUUCGACGACAGCAGCGAAAGAUUGCUUUGGUGAGGCCUACUCCAGCUAGGUUCACUAGGUUGCCGUUGGGAUCACCAACUCCGACAGGAGAUUUUGGUCGGGGUAAUAAGGGAGAUGAGGGAGAGCAAUUGACGGCACAUUGGGAAUCAAAAAAUAAUGAUGGCCGAAUUUUAAAAUACCUGGGGGUGACAACUAAUUCCAAUUCCGGGUCGGCCCGGAUUUGACAAUUUUGGAGGCCCAAAUCUCGACAGUUUUAAGAGCUAGCCAAACAAGGAUAUUAGUUAAAUUCCUGGAAAGGCCAGAAUUUGGACCAAAUCCCUGUCAAAUUUUCCUGAUCCAAACAACCCGUAGAAGGGUUUUCUAAAUAAUGCAUUUUGAGAGUGGGUGUGUGUGUGUUUCGUAAAACAAAAAAAAAGAGUGUGGUGGUGUGUUGGAUGGCAAUUUGAAUCCGUCCUGUCAGUAUUACCCGACCUGUCUGUGAUGGGGUGGGUAUUACCCGACUAGCAGUACCGUGGGGCAGGACAUGGCUAUCUAUUUUCGACUCGCUUCUCUCUCUCGGCCCCAUUCUUGACAUAUUUUAUCUUACUAUCUACUCAUAUUUCUCUUAUUUAGGCUUUUCUUCAACUAGUAAGUCUUUAUCUCUGAACUAGUUAGACUCAAUUACUCAUUCUAUUAUCACAAUUUUUCAUUCCUAAAGUGUUUCCCCCUUCGUUUUAUCGUAAAAAAUAAAAAAUUUGGGA